AUGACUAUAACUGAUAUUUUUUUGAAUAAUUCAAAUGUUGACUCGAAAUCAAGUUGGAACACAUCCAAAUAUACGGAAAAAUCAGAUCAUUUUAUUAGAUUAUACUUAGUUGUUAUUUGCUGUACAGUUUUCUUCACAUGGUACGUCAAAUGGUUGUGGAAUAGAAGGUACCUUUAUAUUCAUUCCAGAAAUGUACCAGGACCCUACGGGUUACCAUUUAUAGGAUAUGCUUAUCUAUUUUUCUUAUCUGAAAAAAACGAUAUAAUAAAAGUUAUUACCGAUAUACGAAAAAUAUAUCCUGAUAUAUGUGCUUUAUGGUUAGGUACUAGUCUUUAUUACGCGGUGUCUAAACCAGAACAUAUUGAAAAGAUUUUAACGAGUUCCAAAGCUUUGGACAAAGAUUCUCUUCAUAAAUUUCUUUCAUUCGUUAUUGGCGAAGGUCUAUUGACAGCCAAAGUACAAAAAUGGAGAAAACACAGAAAAAUUUUCAGGCAAGCUUUCAAUCAAAGAAUUCUUAAUGCAUACCAAGCAGUUUUUUUGGAAGAAGGGGAAAUUUUUGUCAAACAAUUGCAAAAAAAUGGAGCAGACACAACUGCAACAGCGCUUAAUUGUAUUUUCACGUUAUUGGGCAUGUUCCGAGAUGUACAGCAAAACGUUUUGGAAGAAAUCUUGGCGAUUCUAGGACCCGAUAGACCAGUAUCUCCAUCAGAUUUACCUGAAUUGAAAUACACUGAAAGAGUUAUCAAGGAAAGUUCGCGAUUAUUUCCGGUAGCAGCUUUGUUUGCUAGAAAUAUAACCGAGGAUAUUGAUGCAGGUGAUAUAGUUUUCCCUGCGGGUAGUUCUGUUGUUUUUUGUAAGUUACAUAUACAAAGGAAUCCAAAAUAUUGGCCGGAACCACUCAAAUUCGAUCCUGAUUUCUACCUGAAAAUGUAGCUAAUAGUAGAGGA